CCGAUUAUGUAUAACCGUAUCCGUCCCGGAUCUCCGAUAAUAUCACGAAGGACGCGAUGCGAAUAUGGUAUCCAGGGCUUCUAAAGACUAUGACCACCUCUUCAAGCUGGUGCUCAUAGGUGACAGUGGUGUUGGAAAGUCAUGUGUCUUGUUACGCUUUGCUGACGACACAUUCACUGACAGCUAUAUAACAACUAUAGGUGUGGAUUUUCGUUUUCGUACCAUUGAGGUGGAAGGCAGAAGAGUGAAGUUACAGAUUUGGGAUACCGCUGGACAGGAGCGAUUCAGGACUAUAACAAGUGCAUACUAUCGGGGUGCCGAUGCCAUUAUAAUAGUAUUUGACAUUACAGACAAGCUCUCUUUCGAGAAUGUACCUUCAUGGCUCCAGGAAGUGGAGAAGUUUGCUCCUGAUGGAAUCCACAAACUGUUGAUCGGUAAUAAGUCAGAUCAAGCUCAAGCACGCGAUGUGGAUCCCAGUGAGAUACAGGAAUUCAGUGAAUUGCACUCAACUCCCUACGUUGAAAUAUCAGCCAAAUCCGGUAGCAACGUCGAGGAGGCGUUCGUGUCAGUUGCACGAAGGUUGGUAAUAGAUCGCCAUGGAAAAGACCCGGGCUCCAAUCAAUCGGUACCACAACCAAUAUCGCUCAACGAUCGUGUGAAAGGUGUUGUUGAAAGCUUAUACGGGGGUAACAAGCUAUGUUGCAGCUGAUGGCACUAACAAUGGCUGUGACAA